GCCGAUCAUGGCGACCGUAGACGUGGAAGACGAGAGUAUUUUGGCGUCGAUCUUUAAAGACAGCUUUCCAGACAACUGGAGAGAGAAUCCGGACAUCACGACGUAUUUAUCGGAGUUGAGCUCGUAUGGUGUGGAUAAAUUAAACCGUGAGCCGGAGCGUCUGUCGGAGGAGAGAGCUCAGAUCCUGCAGCAGACCCGAGAACUGGCCUUCAGUAACUAUAAAACUUUCAUCAGGACAGCUGACUGCACAAAACACAUAUACACUGACUUCAGCAGAGUGGAGAACAGUGUGUCUAAACUACUCAACAAACUACCCAGCUUUGGAGAGAAAUGCAGAGGUUUUAUAAAGGAAGCCGAGGAGAUCAGUGUGAGCAGGCGAAUGAACAGCCUGACACUGAAUCGACACACGGAGAUCCUGGAGAUUCUCGAGAUUCCUCAACUGAUGGACACAUGUGUGCGUAAUGGAUACUAUGAAGAGGCACUGGAGCUGGCAGCUUAUGUCAAGAGGCUGGAGAAAAAACAUUCAUCACUUCCUGUCAUCCAGGGAAUUGUGCAUGAAGUUCGACUGUCUGCGCAGCUUAUGUUGAACCAACUCCUUCAACAACUGCGUAGCAAUUCUCAGCUCCCAGUGUGCCUGCGUGUGAUCGGCUACCUGCGCAGAAUGGACGUUUUCACUGAAGCUGAGCUACGUGUCAAGUUCCUGCAAGCCCGUGGAAGCUGGCUGCGUUCUAUCCUCGUUGCGAUCCCCGACGACGACUCUUACUUCCACAUCACCAAGACCAUCGAAACCUGUCGCGUACAUCUCUUCGACAUCAUCACCCAAUAUCGUGCAAUUUUCUCCGAUGAGGAUCCGUUGCUGCCACCUGGUGGUCAGAUGUUGAACGAGAGCGCCAUCUUUCAUGGUUGGGUUGUGCAACAGGUGGCGCAGUUUAUGGAGACCCUGGAUCGGGACCUCCAGCGUGGUGUGGGAUGUCGCCUUGACUCCCUGCUUGGCCAGUGCAUGUAUUUCGGCCUUUCGUUUAGCCGGGUCGGGGUGGAUUUCCGUGGCCAGCUGGCCCCCAUAUUUCAGCGGGUCUCCAUUGAUACGUUCCGCAAGGCUGUUCAGGAAGCUGUGGAAAAGUUCCAAGAGGAUAUGAACAUGUAUACCCUGAUUUCUCUCCCAACGAUACUUGGAAGCACCAUUCCCUCAGUGGCUCCGAGCACCCAACCAGGCACACUGCAGCCACCCAUGGCACUGCUGGACUUCCCACCUCUGGCCUGCUUCCUAAAUAAUGUCCUAACAUCCUUCAAUGACUUAAGACUGUGCUGCCCCAUUGGACUCGUGGAGGAAGUUAGCAAAUGUGUUGAGGAAGCCCUUAUAAAGGUGACCAAGCUGAUCCUGGUUUUCCACCGAGCUGAAGAAUCUGCCUUCAGCAGCCGAGAACGGGAGUUUUUUGUUCAGUUCUGUUCGACGUAUGCUGAGGACAUGGUGCCUUUCUUGAACCGAUGUUUGCAAGUUUUGUUUCCUCCAGCUCAGCUCGCUCUUAUACUAGGUGUCCCUCCAACCCAGGUUUAUAAGUACGGCAGUCUUGGUUGCAUCGAUGUAAACACUGUUCUGGAGCCACUAGAGUUUGUUCUGCCCAAAAAAGAGCCCAUGACAUCAGUUCUGGAUCUCUGUGCUGAUCUGAGCAGUCUGACUACAGCUGAAUCAGAUCUCUUGCCUGCAAUCAAACCCGAACCUACUGAAGAAAAGCUUCCAGAAGAGUCUGUACCUCCUAAACAAGGCACAUUUACAGAAGAGCCCGAGACAACUUCCGAUGCCCAUCUUGCUCCAAAACAGGACAUUUCAGUAGAAGCACUUGCUACAGGGCAAAAUGACCCAAUCCCAGGGUCUGAAAUGACUUUUGUUGUAGAGGAUUAGUCCACAACAGACAUUAACGUUGAAGAAACAUUUACAGAAUAAGCCACAGCAGCUAUAUAUAAUCACUAUAACUGCAGUUCCUUGUAUUUCAAUCUGAACAAUGUUUCUAUGUAUCCUAAAAACUGAUUCCUAACAUUGGGAUCUGGUGGUGUUUUGACAUUAAUUAACCAUCUACACUUAAUCCAGAGCUGGGCUUGGUCUGCGUCUUUUAUUUGGUGAAGGAAAAAAUUUAAUACAUGAUGAAAUUAAACACGGUUGAUAUUUAAAUUGUGGGAAAAUAUAUGUUCAUUGAAUCAAAGGGGAGCAUCAGUGGGCACAAAAAGGAUUUGGACACAUAAGUGACACUUUGAAAUGUAUUGAUGUCAAUGCAUUGGAUGAUAAAAUGUCAAACCAAGUCUCAUUUAUUUUUAAGAAACAUAUUUUUACAAUGACCCUUACUUCCACAUCACCAAGACCAUCGAAACCUGUCGCGUACAUCUCUUCGACAUCAUCACCCAAUAUCGCGCAAUCUUCUACGAUGAGGAUCCGUUGCUGCCACCUGGUGGUCAGACGUUGAACGAGAGCGCCAUCUUUCAUGGUUGGGUCCUGCAACAGGUGGCGCAGUUUAUGGAGACCCUGGAUUGGGACCUC